AUAUAUAGCACUUGACUUGUCUGUCAUAGCACCAAAUUCAAGUCAAUGGAUAAUUUGCAACUAUUUCCCAUGUCCAAAAUUUCGGUUCUCAUCCUUCUUCUUUCCAUGUGUUUUGCAUCUCCAUCUUUAGCUGCAGAUGCAAAUCCAGUCUCCAAGCAAACCAUUUGCAAAUUCACCCCAAACCCUACAUACUGCAACUCCGUCCUCCCCAACCAGACCUCAAAUGCGUACGACUUUGGCCGCUAUGCUGCGCAAAAGUCGUUAUCACAGAGUCUCAAAUUCCUUAACUUGGUGGAAAAGUAUCUCCGAAGCCACUCCGCCGCUCUCUCACAAACCGCGGUCCUCGCUCUCCAAGAUUGCCAGUUUCUUGCAGGGCUCAAUGUAGAUUUUCUUGCAAGCUCCCUGGAAACCCUAAACAACACCAAUUAUCCAACACUUUCUGACUUGAAAACCGACGACAUCCAGACCAUGCUCAGCGCCAUCUUAACAAACCAGCAAACAUGUUUGGAUGGCAUACAAGCCACAGCUUCAUCUUGGAGUGUAAAAAGUGGUCUUUCGGUUCCACUCUCUAACGACACCAAUCUGUACAGUGUUUCUCUGGCCUUGUUCAACAAGGCAUGGGUGCCUAAGAACAAGAAGAAGAAGGGGAGAAAACUGCUUGAUAAUCAGAUCAACAUUGAUGACGUGUUGGUCAAGGAAAUAGUGACUGUGAGUCAGGACGGAAGUGGGAACUUCACCACCAUAAACGAUGCCGUUGCAGCCGCUCCAAACAAGUCUGAAGCCUCUAAAGGUUACUUCUUGAUUUACAUAAAGGCAGGAGUUUAUGAAGAGUAUGUGACCAUUGACAAGAAAAAGAAGUACCUCAUGAUGGUUGGCGAUGGCAUCAAUCAGACUGUCCUCACUGGCGACCGAAAUGUUGCAGAUGGAAACUGGACAACUUUCAAAUCAGCAACAUUUGCUGUAGUUGGACAAGGGUUUGUGGCAGUGAACAUGACGUUUCGUAACACUGCCGGGCCCGUGAAGCACCAAGCAGUCGCGGUUCGAAACGGGGCUGAUCUAUCCACAUUCUAUAGGUGCAGCAUUGAAGGGUACCAAGACACCUUAUACGCACAUUCUAUGAGGCAAUUCUACAGAGAAUGUGACAUCUACGGCACCGUAGACUUCAUAUUUGGUAAUGCCGCAGUUGUCUUCCAAAACUGCAACAUUUAUCCCCGCCUGCCGAUGAGCGGCCAAUUCAAUGCCGUCACGGCUCAAGGUCGAACUGAUCCGAACCAAAACACGGGCACUUUGAUUCACAAUUGUACCAUACGAGCUGCCAAUGAUCUGGCUUUGAGCGACGGUAGUACAAAGACUUAUCUGGGAAGGCCAUGGAAAGAGUAUUCUAGGACAAUUUACAUGCAAUCCUUCAUGGAUAGUUUGAUUGAUGAAGACGGUUGGCAUGAAUGGGAUGGAGAUUUUGCCCUGAGUACUUUGUAUUAUGCGGAGUACGAUAGCAGUGGACCCGGUUCGGACACUAAAAGCCGAGUUGCAUGGGCGGGCUAUCAUGUGAUUGAUGCUGGUGAUGCUUCAAAUUUUACAGUAUCCAAUUUCUUGCUGGGAGAUGCUUGGCUGCCUCAAACUGGAGUGCCUUUUUCUGGUGGCUUAUACUAAUAUUACAAACAAUAUGGUAAAUUGGAUUUGGAAGUAAAAUUAUUAUGAUUUAAUUAGUUUA